CUUUGUGAAGGUUUAUUCAGUUGGGGGUUGGCAGCUGAAUCCAGUGCAAGUAACUCCCUCUGCUAUACUAAGCCUCUAUAGUCUCUCACCUCUGCAUUGUACAGACCAUCUGAACGGAUCUGCCUAUAACAGCAUCUGCCAAAUCUGCCACGCGCCGUAAGCUUUAGGAUUACUGCACUGACCUGGGAACUCUCUCCUAUUACAAAAGCGUAAGAUGGAAAGUGAGCUGCUCGGGUCUUUAUUAUGGGCAGCACUGAUACUGCACUGCACCUUUACACAGGUUUCAUGGUCGCAAACAGCAACUCCCAAUAAAAUAGAAGAAGAUCUGUCUUGGAUGGAUCUCUAUAAUCGAAGCCAGUGUCGGCCUCGCUGGGUCCUGCGCAAUCUACUGGUUGAGUUCCCACAUUUUUCUGAUUCACGUUUCCUUCCGCCCUGUGUGUCUGUCCUCAGAUGUGCAGGUUGCUGCCCUGAUGAAGCUCUGACCUGCAUCCCAACCCAGAUGCAAAGCAUCACCAUGCAAGUAAUUAAGACUAAAUCCUUCAAAUCUGAACUUACGGAGGUGUCUCUCAUCCAGCACACCCGAUGCCAAUGCAGACCCAGCAGCAACGUCACACUGAAGACACAGGACAGAGACAAGGGCAUAAAAAAAGUAAAGAAAAAGCGACGGAAAGGAAAGAAGGGGAGAGACGUGUCGCCUACACCACUGGCAGGGAAAGUCUGUGCCCCAUGUAAUCGACGUAUGUCAUUAAAUUCUGUGACAUGCGAGUGUGUCUGUCACCGGAGCGAAAAACAUUGUCAACAACAAGGAAAGAAACUAAACAAAGAGCUAUGCAGAUGUGAAAAGCUCAACAGCUGAAGGUGACCCUAAUGACCAUGGGAUUCAGUUACUACAAUAACAUACCAGGGUCAGCUGACCUCAUACCUCACAAGACACAGACCAAGAUGGAAGUCAAUGAAAAAUCAACCAUGGGUUCAAAAUGGCCACUUUAUAACAAGAAACAGCCAUCUUUUUUUCUUUGCAAGUUAGAACGCAGAACAACUUGUUAGGAAGAAACCGUGUGAAUGUGUCUACAAAAUAGCAGACAGCUGCCAAAUUCUAAAAUUGCUGCAAAUUUUACAUUUGAAAUAUAUUUAAUUUGUUUAUACAACAAACUAGCAUUAUUGGUGGGUGAUAUUAACAACUGUUACCAUAAUAAGUAUUAACAUGGCGUGUGUUAUCAAGAUCUUUAUUAAUAAGGGGUAUCCUAAUUUAUUUAUCUAUCUGUACAUAAAUCUGUCUCAAAGUGUGUAUAACCGUGUGUAUAUAUCUACAUAAAUACUUUCUACAAAGUACGGCAUAUUUGUUGUAUAUUAAGAUUUUUUUAUAAUCUAUUAAAGUUUUUUUCACCACUGUA